AUGACGACUCCGUUCCCUCUUUUACGUCUUCCAAGGCUAGCAUUGAUUCCAGUUUUCCAACAUAUGGAACCAAGUGAAAUAAUUGCAUCCUCACUUCUCUCCAAUAGAGCAAAAAACCUCGUGAAAAUUUUAUGGAAAACAUCUGUUAAUUCAAUCAACUUUUUAGUAGACAUCAAUGAUCUUUCAAUCUUAGCUUAUCUGAGUAAUUAUUAUAAACCAUUAAGACUGCACAUUAAAACAAAACCCGUAAACGGGACGAUUUCAUUGUCGAAAUGGUUGGAGCGAGUACUAGAUGUGCUGAAUUCUUACUCGAUAUUCCAAAUUAAUCUUCACGGAUCUCCGGGACUCGAUGUGAGCGACGCCCUUACUAUAUUGAAAGAAGUCCGCUAUUUAUACAUCAUGGCUAACUGUCCCAAUAGUUUUGCGAAGAAAGCGUUGGAAAUUCUGACUCCAGUCACGACGGAGACUGUAAUGUUCAAAAUUCCAUUUGAAAGCCAAGAAGAACUGGAAAUAUUCAUGAAGAGCAACAAAAAAUACUUAAGUAUUUUUAUCGAGGGGUUCUCUAAGUUGAAGUUCAAAAUGGACGCCUUUUUAGUGUCAAACUCACUCAGAUUGUUAUUAAGAGAAAAGUCAUUGAGUGCCAGAAGUAUCAAAGAAUUUCUCUCAAAUUGGUUGCAAAAUGAACAUCACUCUCCACUCGAACAUCUGACAAUGAUUAUAGAUGAGAGUGUCGAUAGACUGGAACUAUUGGAAGGAUUGGGGGCUGCUCCUUUUUCAGAAGAAAGAACUUUCCACUACUCAAAAGAGCUGGAAAUUCUUCCGAACACAUUUUCUGGAGGAUACGAUAUAAGAAGAAUAAAUGGAAAGAAAGCCACAAUCUCAUUUGAGGACGGUUACCAGGGGACACGCUUCGAUUUCUACGUUUGGCCUUAA